CACCCGCGACAGAGGAAGAAGUGUAACCUAAAUUUUCGAUAUGAUUACAAAAUAAUUAUAAACCAUAAAUAAACGAGAAUGUUGCCCGCUUUUCGGUUAUUUUCUCGAGCUGUGGCAUCACAAUGUACGGCAAAACGCUAUUUCAAAACUACAAGCACUUCAUACCUAUUUUGGGAAGAGGACGAUAAAGGGGGUUACCGGGAAGACAGAAAAUAUCCCCCUUUCAAAGAACGAAUGCGUGAAGGCCUUAAAGAGUUGAGAAAAGAAGUUGCCAUAUGGAAGCAGGAGGUGAAAGAACACUUCGAAGGUGAUCCAGUGCUAAUUUUUCGACCAGGUGAAGUGGAUGUACAAUGGCAGUUCAAAGAUGAAGAGAAUCUUGAUAAAUGGAUUAUAACAACAGAUAAGGAUAACAACGAGGGUUACAGCACGGCAAGCUUAGGUUUAACAAAACAUGGCAAAGGUUUAUUCUCUGGCAAUCUGAAUAUGAGAGUGCCAAAGGAUGGCAGAAUUAAAAGAGCUGGAUAUUGUAAUAUGAGAACAAUAAGAGCUAGAAAAUCUUUUAAACGUGAUACAUAUUUGGAUUGGACAAGUUAUAAUAUGUUAGUAAUGAAGGUUCGAGGUGAUGGAAGGUCCUACCUAAUAAAUAUUCAUACAAGGGGUUAUUUUGAUAUUCAGUGGCAUGACAUGUAUCAUUAUGUACUCUUCACCCGAGGUGGACCCUACUGGCAAUAUACAAGAAUUCCAUUUUCAAAAUUUUUCCUUGCUUCAAAAGGAAGAAUUCAGGAUAAACAAGAAUCAAUACCUCUAAACAAAAUUACCAGUUUUGGGAUAACAGCUGCUGACAGAUAUGAAGGUGAUUUUUCUUUAGAAAUUGAUUACAUUGGAUUAGAAUAUGAUCCAAAUCAUGAAGAGGAAUUCGCUUAUGAAAUGUACCAAACGCCCAAAUAUAUAGUUGGAAGCUAGCUUAUUUAUGUAAUAAUAAAUUUUUUGUUUUUAUUUUA